CGGAGCUGGAGAGGAGAGGUGCGUGUCUCUCUCCUCCAGCAGCAGCAGGCGCUAACUCUCUCCGCAGCCUCCAGCUUUUUCCAUCAAGGAUAUGGGGACUACAAGAGACGCUGGGAUUAUUCCUCGGGUAGCCUGGCUUCUUCUCCUCCUUGGUUUGUCUGGGUCAACCGCAGAAGAUGUGUGUGACAUACCUUUGGUGUCCAAACUGCUACCUUCAUCCUUCAGAAGCUCCUCUCAGCUGUCCAGCAGCCAUGCGCCAGGAUUCGCCAAACUCAACCGGAGAGAUGGAGCUGGAGGCUGGUCGCCCCUCACCUCAGACAGGUAUCAGUGGCUGGAGGUGGACCUGGGCGAACGGACCAAGAUUACAGUUGUCGCCACACAGGGCCGCUAUGGCAGCUCUGAUUGGCUGACGUCUUACCAGCUGAUGUUCAGCGACACAGGACACAACUGGAAGCAGUACAGACAGGAGGACAGCAUAGGGUCUGUUCCAGGCAACACUAAUGCAGACAGCGUGGUUCAGUACAAACUGCAGCAGCUGGUCGUGGCUCGCUUCCUCCGCCUCAUUCCCCUGGACUGGAAUCCCAGCGGGCGGAUCGGACUGCGCCUGGAGACUUACGGAUGUCCUUACACCUCUGAUGUAGUGAGUUUGGAUGGCUACAGCGGUUUGGUGUACAGACUGAGUCCUGGAUCUAGGCGAGCUCAGAAAGAUGUCAUCACGUUGAAGCUUAAAACCAUGCGGAACUCUGGGACACUGCUGCAGGCGCAGGGAAGGGAAGGAUUCAGCCUAAGUCUGGAGUUAGAAAGAGGAAAAUUACUGCUGCUGUUCAGACAAGGUAGGGCUUUAUCUGCUGAACCUCAACGCCUUGUAUUUCUUGCAAGCCUUUUAGAUGAUCAGCACUGGCACUAUGUAGCAGUGGAGCUACACAGCUUUCACCUCAACUUCACUGUGGACAAGCACACAUUGAUGGUUAAAAUCCCCACAGAGUUCCACCACCUCGACAUAGAAGAGCUGAGUGUAGGGGCUGUUCCGGGUCUCGACACGCACAAACCAUUUCACUCCAGGAGAAACUUCCAUGGCUGCCUGGAAAACUUGCUGUUCAAUGCUCUCAAUCUGAUAGAACUUGCUAAACUCAAGGAUCACAAAGUUACUCUUCUGGGCAAUGUGACCUUUGCUUGUGCUGAGACAGUUUCUGUUGCCGUGACGUUUCCCGGCCCACAGAGCUUCCUCCAAUUCCCGUGGACAACGUUAUCCUCUUCAGGGAGCAUGUUGAUUGGGUUCCAGUUUAGGACGUGGAACAAGGCGGGGCUUUUGCUCACGUUUGACCUCCCUCAGCAAGUAGGCGUCGCCUGGUUGUUUCUGAGUGAGGCGAGACUCCGCUUGCAGAUCCAGAAAGGAGGGAGGGUGCUGCUGGAGCUCAGUGCAGGUUCUGCACUCAGUGACGGCCAAUGGCAUUCAGUGGAGCUGAACUGCAGACGAAGUCGUCUGACUGUCUCUGUGGACAAAGAUGAAGGGGCCAGUGCUCAGGCCAGCCUGUCAUUUCCUGUCACAGUAGAAAGUCACCUCUUCUUUGGUGGAUGUCCUGCUGGAGACAGUCAAGGAUGUAGAAACCACUUCAAUGCCUUCCAGGGCUGCAUGCGUUUAUUCAGUCUGGACAACAGAGUUAUGGAUUUGAUCGCAGUGCAACAAAAGCAGUUGGGAAAUUACAGCGACCUGCAGAUUGACGUGUGUGGAAUCAUUGACAGAUGUUCUCCCAGUCGCUGUGAACACAGAGGCCUCUGCAGUCAGACCUGGACCGUCUUCCACUGCAACUGUUCCGACAGCGGCUACAGUGGAGCGACCUGCCACAGCUCUGUGUAUGAACAGUCCUGUGAAGCAUACAAACACAACGGCAACACGUCGGGAUAUUUUUACAUCGACGUGGACGGCAGCGGACCCAUCAAACCACAGUUGGUGUACUGCAACAUGACGGAGAGCGACACAUGGAUGAUUAUUCAGCACAACAACACUGAGCUGACCAGAGUCCGACCGGCUCCUGGUUUGGACCAACACCUGGUCCACUUUAAUUACUCUUCUGAAGAGGAGCAGCUUAUAGGGUCUAUCAGCCAAUCACAGCACUGUGAACAGGAACUAUCCUACCACUGCAGGAAAUCCCGCCUUCUCAACACUCCAGAGGGGUCUCCAUUCAGCUGGUGGCUCGGGGGUCGCACUCCCGGCCGUGUGCAGACUUAUUGGGGAGGAGCUCAUCCAGGCAGCCAGCAGUGUGCCUGUGGCCUGCAGGGCGACUGUGUGGACCCACAACAUUACUGCAAUUGUGACGCAGACAGCUUGGAGUGGACUGAGGACUCAGGCCUGGUUACCCAUAAGGAAAACCUCCCAGUCAGAUCUCUGGUAGUGGGGGACAUCCAGAGGCCGGAGUCAGAGGCAGUGUACAGAGUGGGACCACUCCGAUGCUUUGGAGACAAGAACUUCUGGAACGCAGCAUUUUUUGACAAGGAGACUUCAUACCUCCACUUCCCCACCUUCCACGGAGAGCUGAGUGCAGACAUCUCCUUCCUUUUUAAGACCACAGUAUCCUCUGGAGUAUUCCUGGAAAAUCUUGGCAUCAAAGAUUUUAUCCGGAUCGAACUUAGCACGUCCACUCGAGUGGUUUUCUCGUUUGAUGUUGGUAACGGUCCGCUGGAAGUUCAAGUAGAGUCAACGGUACCAUUGAAUGACAACCGUUGGCAUCGAAUCCAAGCUGAGCGAAACAUAAAGGAGGCAUCCCUUCAACUGGACAACCUGCCUGUGGCCGCGCAGGAGGCUCCUGCUGAUGGACAUGUCCACCUGCAGCUCAACAGUCAGCUGUUCAUCGGAGGCACAGCAUCCAGACAGAGGGGUUUCAGAGGCUGUAUCCGCUCUCUGCAGCUGAACGGCAUCACCCUGGACCUGGAGGAAAGGGCGAAGAUCACACCUGGGGUUCGACCCGGAUGCCCAGGUCACUGCAGCAGCUAUGGCUCGCUUUGCCGCAACCAGGGCUGCUGUGUGGAGAGAACCAGGGGCUUUCACUGUGACUGCAGCUUGUCUGCUUAUACUGGAGUCUUCUGCCACACAGAGUUGUCAGCCAGCUUUAAAUCUGGAACAUCUGUCAGAUACACCUUCAAGGAGCCCUACGAGUUGACCAGGAACAGCAGUGCUCUGCCGUCCUCCAUCUACACCGACACGACGCUGAGAGGAGAGAACGUCUCCUUAAACUUUAGGACGGCACAGAGUCCAGCUCUGCUUCUUUAUGUCAGCUCCUACUACAGAGAGUACAUGGCUGUGCUCAUCAACAAGCAUGAUAAGCUCGAAGUGAGAUACAAGCUGGAAGGAAACCGAGACGCUGAAGUGUUGAGGAGCAGCAGCGCGAAGAAUCUGGCAAAUGGACAGCUGCACAGCAUUACCAUAAGGAGACUGACCCACACGGUGUCUGUGCAGGUUGAUCAAAAUGCCAAAGAGGACUUCAAUCUCACAUCUGAUGGAGAGUUUAAUGCCAUCAAGUCGCUGGUGUUGGGAAGAGUGCAUGAGCCUGAUGACUUAGAUCCCCAGCUGGCCAGGCUGGCAUCUCUUGGUUUUACCGGCUGCCUUUCAGUAGUUCAGUUCAACUCUAUAAAUCCUCUGAAAGCUGCUCUGCUCCACCCAGACACCAGCCCCAUCAUCAUCACUGGACCUUUGGUUCAGUCCAGCUGUGGCUCUGCAGCUUCAGCCAAUCCCUACGCAGCUGAAAACAAACACCAUAUAACAGACCAGUCUGGUUCAGUGGGCUCAGGUCAACCUUUAGUCAAUGCUAUCAGGACUGACUCGGCUCUGAUUGGAGGUGUUAUAGCUAUCGUCAUCUUCGUGAUUCUCACUGGCUUGGCCAUCACUGGCCGAUACCUGUACCAGAGGAAGGACACGUGUCGAAACCAAGAGGGCAAUGGGGUCAAACAGGAGGACAGUCCAGAUUUUCCUUUUAGCAACCAGACUGACUCCCAGAACCUGUCCACUGAAAAUCCAAAGGAGUACUUUAUCUAAAAGGAGUUCCGAUGAUCCGACAUGCUGCUGGUGUUUUAUAGUGUCGGGGGUGCAGACGGGGAGCAUCCUGAAGCUCCUCAGGACUUGUCAGUCUACUCAACAGCCUUCCAGACACUUUGUUACAUAAAGUGGCUUAACAGCAAGGCGAAGGCAAAAGCAAACAGUUUGGUGUUGUGUUUCUGUUGCUUUACUGUAAAUUGUGGAUAUUCUGAUACAAACAGGCAACAGUGUUUGACUUCAAGGUGGUAAUAUGCAUUUUCAGAACUAUAUAUUUAAAAUUGAAUUGUUGAACUUGUCAAUCUUCGUCGAGCUCUGCCCCCUAGUGGCAACAUAUAAAGAUGAUUUCCAGAUUCAUGUAUUUGGUUUUGGAAGGACUUCACAAAAUAUUCAUUAAUGUUUUGUUUUUCUCCAAUUUUCAGAUGUAACUUUUUAAUUUUCUUCAUGCAUAUUUUGGUUUCAGAUUACAAAGCUUCUUACACAGCGUGACAAACUUAUUCCAAAAUUUAAGCACACAUUUUGUACAAUAUAAAAGGUACAGUUAGUAUUGUUGAAAAUCAUUGCAUCAAAGGAAAUGCAAAAAUUUUACUAUGAACUUUGAAGAGCAUUUAGGCUCAUCAUAGUUGCUUUACCAACUCCAUUCCCAUUUUUUCCACCAGCUUUGACACAAAGGCUCCUGUGCUCUGAGCCGGAUAUUUUCCUCAGGAGACAGUGGAGACCAAAACCAGUUCUUAAUAAGGCAGAAGGUUGCUUUUAUCAGAUUCAAACCACUCUAAGUGAAUGAGAGUGCUCACGCUGGAACUGUUUAAUAUGUAAAUAUGUUUAGCAGUUCUAACCACAGCCCUGGUUCAGUUGGUAAAGCCUGUGGUUAGAUGCGGUAAGCAUCAAAUAAUUGCUUAGUCAAUAAACAGAAAAUGAAAAUAGCUUGUCAUUGCAAGAGACUGAAUCCAAGGCUGCAAUAGAUUGCAGUUUGCCACAAACAGCUAUGUAGAAAGUCCAGACUAAACACUAGGAAACAGGCAAUAAUUGCUGAUUAUACUUUUUUCCUAAGCUGACCUGUUUUUUUAGAGAAGCUCCCAUCAUGAAAAAAGCUUCACAAUUGUGACAAAUACAAAAUUAGCAGCGACGGACAUCGUUCCGCACAUCCUCUUGGUCGUGACAGGUUGUUUUCACCAAGGCAAAGUGAAUUCCUGCAUUUUGUGUUGGGAUCCAAUAAAUGUUAAUUUUGCAUCUUGUUAAAAUCUAUGAGGCAUGACGGCUUCAGAAGUUAUGAAGAAAAAGUUUCAUUAAAGUGACCGAAUUCCCUAUUACAUACAUUUCAUCAAAUGGUCAGUCGUGACUAAGUAGGUCAUUUCCAGGCUUAGACAUUUUAAGAUUUAGCUUGAAGCUAAUGAGGAAAAGUCUCAUCAGCCUCAGGCUAAUGAACCUAAAACACUUUGCUAAAAGUUAGAUUAAAACUCCAUGCCUGGAGCUGCAAAGCUAAUUUUGCAUGUGAAAAGGGAGCCUGUUUUUGCACUGCAGAAGGGGAAAAAAUUCAUAAUACAUUCCAAUAGUUGAACAUCUUUUUGUAGAAAUAGGUGGCUUAACACAAGCUUGGAUGUCUGAUGUAGAUACCAAAAAUUAGGUAUCUUUUUAAAACUGACAGAGGAUCGUUGAAAAACAAUGGACCAAGGGGUCAGAGGCUUUGAUUUUUUAACAUUUUAACAUUUGCUUUUCAUUUGUGGUCAGGGGUUGUAGCAGACAAUAUUAUUAUUCCCAAUCAAAAUCAAGAAGUAUUUUAAAAAAUAUGAAAGAAAAUAGGCGAGCAGAAAGCAGCUGAGAGCACAGAAAGAUGGUAUGUUCUGAAAGUGGAACAUCAAGAGGAGCAUUACCAAGGGGAAAGUAGUGAAAGCAAAGUCAUCUGAUCAAAUUUAGGUUUAUUUAUGCAAUAAGAAGGAAGACAUGAGAAAUAAUCUAUAAGAGCAGUAGCUUUUAAGAAUUAAACUUCUUAAUAAGUCUUUUUUCCAUACAAUAAGUCCAUGUUUUGCCCUUCAGGGUACAAGACCUGUGCAGUAACAUAACUUUCAAACUAUUCAUCUGAGCCACUGUCUAUUACACCACUCAUACUCUGCAAGCAAUUUAGUAAUUUUCCUCACAGCAAGUAUUUUGGCCAUAAAGAGUAACUUCAAACUAAUGCUACACGGGUCAUGUUUGGAAUAGAGGUUAAACUGCUUCAAUUGGCAUUCACAGUCAGAUACUGUGAAUGCUGUCGCAGGUAAAUUACUUUUCCACAAUGAAUAAAAACUGUGGAAAGGCCAUUUGUGAUUUUUUUUAGGCUUCUAACUUUCAAGAUCUUUAGGCUUUUUGGCUAUACAUCUCCAUUUAGCUUUUUUUUUCUACCUCUUGCUGCUUGCUACUUGCAGGGAACUUUCCCUCAACACCCUCACAUCAUUCGGUGCACCCUGAGAGCAUUCUUAGAUAAUAAUCUGCUUUGAUAUGCAGUUGGAUGUGGACACAGUGCCAAACUGAGAUGUAGCGAAUUAGACAACUAAGUCAGACUUUUUCAAGCAGACAUCCUUGUAAUCAAUAGUAAACAUCUCAAGUGCAGCUUAUGUGGAAACAGCAUUGUUUGUGGAGGGAGGAUGAGAAGCAUAUCAAUUAUCCAAGUUCAUAACAAACACAACUAUCUCCAGCCUAACUUCUGAAGAGCAGAUGUGAAUUUAAUGACAGGUUGUUAAACUUUAUCUCAUAUGUAUUUUCCAGAGGAAGGAGUGAGCAGAGUUCAGCUUGGUGCAGUGUCAGUCUUCUCGGUGGUAUUUCUGCUUCUGUUAUAAUGUAGUCGUAGUUGUGUAGCGCAGACACCACACUGGAUCAGAUUUGUAGAUAACAUUGAGUAAAAAUGGAGAAGAUUCUUCAUCAGUGCAGCCGGGAAACAAAUGUUUACACAAUGAUGACAUGGAUCAUAAUAAAGUGAACCAGUGAUUUGUUUUAAAA